GGGAGAGGGGGUGGGGGUGAAGAUGAUUGACAGUCAAAGAGGUGGAGCUACGCCGGUCUUGCAGAACUCUCUGGCAUCCCGUUGGCUGCUGGCACCCCGACCAUGUGCGUGCUAUGUGGAGAUGAUGGAACUGUUGCGAGGUAAAAUUUCUGCAAGUCUAUCUGAAAGCUAUUUAGACAUGUGUCUGCGGUGUCGAGUGUGUCAGUCUCUGAGGUGACUGGAGGCAGCAAAACUUUACUUUUCUCUACCUCCUUUUUUUCUCUCUCUCUUUCUAAUGGAAGUUUAACAUUAAACAAUAGAGGCAGCUGCAAUCGAAAGAUAUCGGAAUAAGAACUUAGGAGGAUAACAGUUUCCAACGUCGAUGAUUGCUCUGCUAUGCUCUUGGGGAUUACAUCACAGAAAAAAGGUGACUAGCUGACUGUCCAUCUUUGACAACAAUUGUUCUCCCUCUUCGAACUGUGAUCAGGUAUGCUUACUUACUGCGAUUCCUCGAAGCAGAAAAUACUCCGUACUAGCCAACAGAAGAAGAGAAAAUAUUUGUCGCGUUUUUCUGUUUACCUGUCAUUUAGUGCUUAAUAAGCUUACCGAUCAGUGAUAUCCUUUCAACUCAUCAGGUUGUGGAAGGAACCACAAAACAAUUUUUAAGUUAGACACGCGUUUGUUUUAGUCGGCACUGGGCCCUGACAAGUUUUUAAAACAAUUUAUUUUUUCCUCCAUUAUUAUAUUGCGAGAGACAUUCUUUCAAACUCCUUAGCACCCGUGGAAAGAUACUCUACAGUGUGACAAUGAUUCUGAACACGACCCCGGUGACAAACCAAAGGGACUACAUCCAGUCGCUCUCAUCCGCGGCCUCGGCUGGGGCUCAGUACUCGGGUGACACCCAGUACCAAUGCCAGUCUUACUCGGAGGACCCGUACUUGUACCCAUCGCACUUCUUCGGCACUACGGCUGACGUCUGCGACACGUGGACCAACCAUCGUUUCUUUGUAAACGGCGACACCACUACCGCGCCCCUCCCAGAUUCCUUGUCCCCUGCUGACCCUGUGAGCGGUCACUGCGGAGGGGGAGCGGCGGGAGGGGACAGCGGACAAUAUUAUUCCCACGAGUGUGAGCAUCAUCAGCAUCAUCAUCGUCAUUAUAAUCAUCACCAGCAACACGAACACCAGGCAGUGCAUCAGCAUACCCACCACCAUCAUCACCAACCACAGCAGCAACUACAUUUUCAUGGCUACAACGGCCUGACGACGCAGGCUGACCUGCAGAUCCACCAGGGGGCGUGUGCUUCGUUGGAGAGCGCAUGUUCGGCGGGGGAGGGUCAGGAGCUGAGGCUGCUGGUCACGAUGGGCGAGGCGGACAGGCAGGCCGACAAACGCGACUUGCACGGUCAAGCCGCCUUCAUCAACGAUGCUGCACGGGCCGGAGCCACAGAACGAGAACGCACGCGCAUGCACAUGCUUAACGACGCCUUCGACGAACUGAGGAAGGUGGUGCCCAAAUCGAACUUGAGCGAGCACCAGAAGCUGUCCAAGAUCGCCACGCUGCGCCUAGCUAUUCACUACAUCUCGGCCCUCACGGCCACACUCAAGUCCACUGGCGCCCCCAUACAGCCCGUGCAGGCGCUAGGGGUGGGGGACAGGAGGGGACGGAGACGUGGGCGGGGUGGUCGGAAGAGGAAGGCCGUGGAUGGGGGCAAGAUCCGCUUGGAGGCGCCCACCUCUUCCUCUUCCUCCUCCUCCUCGAUGUCACCUGGUGGCGAUGCUGCUGCCGCGAAUGUUCGUGGUGUGGCAAGAGUUAAUGGGACGCCCCCUGCCUUCCCGGGAGUCCUGUCCGUGCGACACUCGGACCUGUGCAUGGCCUCCACUGACAGCAGCGGAAAAGGACGAAAUUCCCUUGGUUUUCAGGUCUGUGGCUGCGCAGAUUCAAGCGGUGCAGAUGACGUUACAUCCGGGGUGGCAAACAGCGGCCAAUGCAGUCAGUUUUACCACCAAGGGGUGAGACCGCCUCGGCAUGCUUCUGUCUCACCUGCAGGGUCCGCCCACGGGCCGCCCUACUCCUCCGAGUGCGGCCCGACCGAGGGGAGGUUCACGCCUGACCAGUGCAACCUCGGGGGGUUUGGAACUUCGGAGGCAGCCUCACCUCCAAAGAACGCUGCAUGUAGAGAGUAUAGUGUGCACGGUGAAGGGAUGCUGAGUGCAACGGAUUUCUACUCCAGGCAGCCGAACUUUCGUGUUAUGUAACGAUUAGCCCCUCGACUAUCCCCUAGUUCCAAUAGUUUGCACAGAUGCAAUGAUUGCCAAGAAAAACUUUUACCAUACAUAUCUCUGAAUUUCCCCCAAACUUUAUCAACAACCCCAUUAGAAAAAGAAGGAGUUGAUGAUGACGACAGCGGCGAUGAUGAUGAAAAUGAAGACUGCCACGAUGAUGAAUAUGGUGGAUAUUUUUCUGAAGUUAUUUUGCAUGCCACGAUGGAUGAUGAUAGUUUUUUUUCAUCAACAAGAUGUUAAUCUCUUGUAUUUCAAAUCUUGAAAAAAAACUUAAUUCACGAAAAACAGAAAAGCGAAUGAUGCUUGUUUCCGGAACUUUUCCGGACAUUUAUACCCCAUUACCAUUAAACCUGUUUUCAUUGUAAUACGGAGAAGUGCCUGUCAGCUUGUUGUUAAAAUGUGUCAUAAAUAUUCAUAUGCAUGGAAAACUACUUGUACAAAAAUUAUUUAUAUAUAACAAGUAAGUCAUAAUUAUUUUUAAACCUCUUAUUACAUGUUAGAAAUACUAUUACCUUAUAAUGUUUAUUAUCCUCAAUCACAAUAUGCAAAAAUAAA